AGACGGCUCGGUGGCGGCUAAAGGAAGAGAACAAACAGCUGCCUGCCCUGCUCAAUGAUUCAAACAACCCCGGCGACAGAGCUUGAGCAGUGGGAUGGAAAUCAAUGUGUAUCCUGGCCGAGAGCUGUGCUUUCAAGGACCUCAUGAACUCUAUUUUAAGGACCUUUCAAAAAGAAAAAAACAAGUCAUGGAGAAGAAUGGGAAUAAACGAAAGCUUCGAGUUUGUGUUGCCACUUGCAACCGUGCUGAUUAUUCUAAACUUGCACCGAUCAUGUUUGGCAUUAAAACGGAGCCUGAGUUCUUUGAACUUGACGUGGUGGUACUUGGCUCUCACCUGAUAGACGACUAUGGAAAUACAUACCGCAUGAUUGAACAAGAUGACUUUGACAUUAACACCAGACUGCACACGAUUGUUAGAGGGGAAGACGAGGCAGCCAUGGUGGAGUCAGUAGGCCUGGCCCUCGUGAAGCUACCAGAUGUCCUUAAUCGCCUGAAGCCUGACAUCAUGAUUGUACACGGAGACAGGUUUGAUGCCUUGGCUCUGGCUACAUCUGCUGCCCUGAUGAACAUCCGAAUCCUUCAUAUUGAAGGUGGGGAAGUCAGUGGGACCAUUGACGACUCUAUCAGACACGCCAUAACUAAACUGGCUCAUUAUCACGUGUGCUGCACCCGGAGUGCAGAGCAACACCUGAUCUCCAUGUGUGAGGACCACGAUCGCAUCCUGUUGGCAGGCUGCCCUUCCUAUGACAAACUUCUGUCUGCCAAGAACAAAGACUACAUGAGCAUCAUUCGGAUGUGGUUAGGUGAUGAUGUAAAACCUAAAGAUUACAUUGUUGCACUACAGCACCCUGUGACCACUGACAUUAAGCAUUCCAUUAAAAUGUUUGAGUUAACAUUGGAUGCACUUAUCUCAUUUAACAAGCGGACCCUAGUUCUGUUUCCAAAUAUCGAUGCAGGGAGCAAAGAGAUGGUGCGAGUGAUGCGGAAGAAGGGCAUUGAGCAUCAUCCUAAUUUUCGUGCAGUUAAACACGUCCCCUUUGACCAGUUUAUACAGCUGGUUGCCCACGCUGGCUGUAUGAUUGGCAACAGCAGCUGUGGGGUCCGAGAGGUAGGGGCUUUUGGAACACCUGUGAUCAACCUAGGAACACGUCAGAUUGGAAGAGAAACAGGGGAGAACGUCCUUCAUGUCCGGGAUGCUGAUACCCAAGACAAAAUAUUGCAAGCGUUGCACCUUCAGUUUGGUAAACAGUACCCUUGUUCAAAGAUAUAUGGAGAUGGAAAUGCUGUUCCAAGGAUUUUGAAGUUUCUCAAAUCUAUCGAUCUUCAAGAACCACUACAAAAAAAAUUCUGCUUUCCUCCUGUGAAGGAGAAUAUCUCUCAAGACAUUGACCAUAUUCUUGAAACUCUGAGUGCCUUGGCUGUUGAUCUUGGUGGGACGAACCUCCGAGUUGCAAUAGUCAGCAUGAAGGGUGAAAUAGUUAAGAAGUAUACUCAGUUCAAUCCUAAAACCUAUGAAGAGAGGAUUAAUUUAAUCCUACAGAUGUGUGUAGAAGCUGCAGCAGAAGCUGUAAAACUAAACUGCAGAAUUUUGGGAGUAGGUAUAUCCACAGGUGGCCGUGUAAAUCCUCGGGAAGGAAUUGUGCUGCAUUCAACCAAACUGAUUCAAGAAUGGAACUCUGUGGACCUUAGGACCCCCCUUUCUGACACUUUGCAUCUCCCCGUGUGGGUAGACAAUGAUGGCAACUGUGCCGCCAUGGCGGAAAGGAAAUUUGGCCAAGGAAAGGGCCUGGAAAACUUUGUGACACUUAUCACCGGCACAGGGAUUGGCGGGGGAAUCAUCCACCAGCAUGAACUGAUCCAUGGAAGCUCCUUCUGUGCUGCAGAACUUGGCCACCUCGUUGUGUCUCUGGACGGGCCUGACUGUUCCUGUGGAAGUCACGGGUGCAUUGAAGCCUAUGCCUCUGGGAUGGCCUUGCAGAGGGAAGCAAAAAAGCUGCAUGAUGAAGACCUGCUCUUGGUGGAAGGGAUGUCAGUGCCUAAAGACGAAGCCGUGGGUGCCCUCCAUCUCAUCCAAGCUGCGAAACUCGGCAACGCGAAGGCCCAGAGCAUCCUGCGGACAGCUGGAACAGCGCUGGGUCUCGGGGUUGUGAACAUCCUCCACACUAUGAAUCCUUCCCUUGUGAUCCUCUCUGGAAUCCUAGCCAGUCACUAUAUCCACAUUGUCAAAGACGUCAUUCGCCAGCAGGCCUUGUCCUCAGUUCAGGACGUGGAUGUAGUGGUUUCGGAUCUGGUGGACCCUGCCCUGCUUGGCGCCGCCAGCAUGGUCCUGGACUACACAACUCGCAGGAUCUACUAGGCCUCCCGGGAGCGGACACGGACCAAGCGAGAGCUCCACAAUGGAGUCAGGUUGUCUUUUAGAUGAGCGUUUCUUAAGAAGCCAAUUUGGAAUUUAAAUUCGGCAUUUGGCAGAUGACUUUGGCAGAGAAGAUUUUGCUUUUAGUCUACUCUUCCAAAGUCACUUUUCCCAACCCCCAAUUUUGUAGAUCCUCUUUCUAGGGUCAUUUCAGCUCAAACCCUGAGUGCCAGUCACACAGUUUUCUGUGCCAAAAGGAGCUACAGUAGAAGAGGAAGACUUAGGCCUCUGCUUUCUAGAUGCGCCACUCAGACUUGCAGGCCUUGCUUGGGACGUGACCUUGAUACUGGAGUUUGGAUUAUUAAUCCUUCCUCCUCUGACCCUAAAUUUAGGUUGCAGAAAGGGACCCAGUCAGGGAACAGAAGGAAAUCUCACCAUGAAAGGCUUGAGUAAACUUUUUGUAGAACAGCUUUAUUGAGGUAUUUUUUAAAGUGCACAAUUUGAUAAGUUUCAGUAUAUGUAUAUACCCGUGAAACUAUUCCCACAAUCAUGAUAUUGGACAUAUCUGUGACACACAAAAGUCACUUAUUACUCUCUCAGAACCUUGAGCAACUUUAGACCACGGAUUUGAAUUACAGUGGCCUUAAUGACCUUGUCCUUAUCUUCUUAAGGACAGCUGAGAAGCCACUAGGUCUUACAGCCUCUGAAAGGAGAUUAACCAUCCCAAAAGGAUCUUUGCUACUGACCAGCAGACAGCUCUCCCUUCAGUAGCUUUUCAUACUAUGCUGAAUACAACCCUGGAGUCUCUGUUAAGGCAGCGUUUGUGCAAGUAUGUUACAUCUAGAGCCCACAUCUGUGAAUCUGGAUUCCAGCUAAAUAAAGAUUCCGUUUUCAUCACUGUCAAAGUACAAAGGCCAAGGUUUUUGCUGUCAAUUACAACCUGGAAGAAAUACUAAUAGCCACCAUUUAUUAAGUGCCUACUGUGUGUCAGGCUCUGAACUGGGUCCCUCAUAUACAUCAUUCUAAAUUCUCAUAAUCUGUGACAUAGAUGUUUUAAUUCCCGUUUUACAGAACCCCAAACUAAGCCUUAGUGUUUAAACAACCUAAAGCUACAUGGUUAGUGUCUUAGAGACAGGGUUUGAUCCCAGGCCCCUCUGUGCUUUUUCUGCUAAGCCACCCAACCUCUCAUAUCAAAAAGUUUCAAAAUGCAAAUAUAUUCUAAUUUACAGGUAGACUACCAAAAGCUUUAAUAAGAAUGUUAUUAGUAAUGACUUGAUUUAACCCUCUGUUGGGCGCACCUGAUCUCACAGAUUCAUUGCACACAAAUUUUCAAAUAUCUAAGUUAAGUAUCAUGACUCAUCGCUUCUGUAUCUUCUCCCUCUACUGGAAACUAUCGCCAGUCGUGUGUGUGACUUAGUAAAGAUGUAUUUCAUAGCAGCAUCUUUGUGUGCAAUGUAUCUGGGAGAUCAUUUGCGCCGAUGGAAGGUUAAUCAAAGAUUCCUCUAUGCUGUAUAAAUUUUUCUGGUACGGUAUUUGGGAUAGUGAUAGGUUUCAUGGGUACUUUUGAAUGAUCUAAAAAAGCAUAUGCAUAUGUUUUUCAGACUUUUAUUAUUUUAAGAAAACCUGAAGGUUUCUACAAUACAUUGUUUCAGCAGUAGCAUAUCAAAUAAAAUGAAGGAAUCAACUAAUUCCUUCCUGGUAGGUUAAUAUGAAAAGAUAGGUUGGCUCAUUCCUAGAACUCUACCAGCCCUGAAAUAAUCUCCACAGCCUCGUUACUGUUGAAACAUUCCAGUGAUUCCUGGGAUGGAAGCUUGUCUGCUUGGCCAUCAGUGUCUGGAGCAAGAUGGUAUACUAUGAAGGGGCAUCAAUUGUUUCUUGGUGUAAUCUGUCAUCACUCUAUACACCAGACAAUUCAUUGCUACCCAAAUAUAUGAAGGAUGGUACUGAAUCUAAAACUAAAUCUUAGUUUUGUUUUAAACUCAUAGGCUAAUAUAUUCUAACAUAAUUAUUACGUGUAGUUAAUAUCUUAAUUUAUUUUAAUGUAAAUAUUUUUGUUACUGUUCUGAGCCAAAUUCUAAAGAAAAAAAUAAAUAUAUUUCCUUGUGGAAAUCCUAGCACUUUGUAUUUUGUUUUGUUCUUAAUUAACUCAUUAGCUAAAAGCAUUUCCCUUCCCAGUAUAGAUUUAUAUUGUUGCAUUGGUUACUUUUUGAAGGUCAUACAACUUCUUUAAGGCAUCUAAUAUAGAUUUCUUAACCAAAAGGAAAAAAAAAACUUUUGAUAAUAGAAAGCAUUAUGUAAUAUUUUUAAACUAUAUUGUGAAAUGAUCGCAAUAAAUAUGAUCUGUCACCACAUAGUUACAGAAUUUUCUUGUGAUGAGAACUUUUAAGAUCUACUCUCUCAGCAACUUUCGAAUACAUGAUACAGCAUUAACUAUGGUUGCCAUGCUGUACGUUAUAUCCCCAUGACUUAUUUAUUUUUUAUUUUUUUUAGCUGAGCCAUCCUGCCACCU